UCACAACUCGAACGUGAAAUCAACGGUGAACCUCACUCUGGUAACGAGCACUAUUAUGGCUUAGUGAAUUUCGGUAAUACAUGCUACUGUAACUCAGUCAUCCAAGCUCUUUACUUCUGUCGACCGUUUCGGGAAAAGAUUUUGCAAUAUAAACAACAGUUGAAGAAGUCGGGAAGUCAGAAGGAAAAUUUGCUUACUUGCCUUGCUGACCUAUUUCACAAUAUUGCCACUCAGAAGCGUCGUGUCGGAACGAUCGCUCCGAAGCGAUUUAUUACGAAACUGAAGAAAGAAAAUGAGCUUUUCGACAAUUAUAUGCAACAAGAUGCGCACGAGUUUCUGAACUAUUUGCUUAAUACGGUCUCUGAGACGCUUAUCGAGGAAAAGAAGGCAGAACGUGAUCGUUUAAUGCGAAAUGGUACUUUACGCAAAGGUACAGUUGGUGCUGACAAACUAAGAGACGAGGGCAACAGGUUGGUUCUGGAGGUCUUUGCAGACAAGACGUGGAUUCACGAAAUAUUCCAGGGCACUCUAACGAACGAGACUAGAUGCUUGUGUUGUGAAACGGUAUCCAGUAAGGAUGAAGAUUUUCUUGAUCUUUCUGUCGAUAUCGACCAAAAUGCUUCAAUCACUCACUGUUUGCGAGUUUUUAGCGAAACUGAAACGUUAUGCGGUGAUCAGAAAUAUUUUUGCGAAACGUGCUCAUCCAAACAAGAAGCGCAGAAGCGAAUGCGUAUUAAACGAUUACCACACAUGCUGGCAUUGCACUUAAAACGUUUUAAAUAUAUGGACCAACUCAGUCGGUAUACGAAGCUUUCUUAUCGGGUUCUGUUUCCACUUGAGCUGCGAUUAUUCAAUGUGAGUGAUGAUGCGUCAAAUGCUGAUCGGCUUUAUGAUCUUAUUGCGGCGGUUGUGCAUUGUGGAGCGACACCAAAUCGUGGGCACUAUAUAACUAUUGUUAAAAGCAAUUCCUUUUGGCUACUAUUUGACGACGAUAUCGUUGAUAAGAUGGAUAUAUCCUCGAUGGAGGAUUUUUUUGGUUUGUCUGAUGGGGGUGUACAGAAGAAUUCUGAGUCAGCCUACAUUCUCUUCUAUCAAGCUCGAGAUUGUCCGGAUUUGCUGAGAACUAGUGGUUCAAUUUCUAAUCACGCUUCUGUUUAA